GGUUGAGGAGAGAGAAAUUGUUGAGAGACACUAAGAACGGAAUAAGGCAAAGCCGGUGUGCAGGAAUUCAGCUUUCCUGGCUCCUAUCGCAGGACUUUAUGUUCUCCACAGACUGGAUUGUACUACCAAGAAGCUGCUUCACACAUAAGCUGGAAUAAUAAAAAGGGAUAUACAUCUAUAUAGAGAGAUAGAGAUAGAUACAUAUACAGGAGGAACAGAAGAAACAUUUCUUUGUGGGAUUUUGAAUUUUUUGGGGGGAAAAAAAGAGAGAUCUAUUUUUUAUUCGCCAAUGUUUCUCUGGUCGGUUUGGAUUUAAGGUCUUGGUAAAACUAAGGAAAAAGGGGCCAAGGAACUCCUGAAACAUCCCAGUCACUAUCAGGAAUAGUGGAACCUGACAAGGAAGAAGGGCCUGGGGCAUUACACCCUGUCAACGAGUUUUCUUCAUCAGAUAGAAAGAUUCCAGCUACAUGGGCAAACGCUUGGAACAGCAGCCAAUGUACCCCCAGUACACGUACUACUACCCUCAUUAUCUCCAGACCAAGCAGUCUUAUGCACCAGCUCCUCACCCGAUGGCUCCCCCCAGCCCCAACACAAACAGUAGUAACAACAGCAGCAUCAGCAGUACGGAGCAGUUGAGUAAAACAAACCUGUAUAUUAGAGGACUUCCACCUGGCACGACGGACCAAGACCUCAUUAAACUUUGUCAACCGUAUGGAAAAAUUGUAUCAACUAAGGCAAUCCUUGACAAAAACACAAAUCAAUGCAAAGGUCUGGCUCGUUCAUCCAUGUCGAAGUGCCUCUGUGAUCCUUGUUGA